AGUGGUGAGUCCCGCAAAGGGCAAAGGAUGCUACCUACGGAGUUCACUCCCACCCCUUUCUUGUAUGUAACAUAUUGAGAGAGUCGUGAGGAACAACGAGGAGAAACUGCCAUGAUUUACCAAGACAAGAAGUAAUCCUCGGGCAUCACAAGAUGAUUCAGGAUGGAUCCUGAGGCUGCCCAGCUAGAGAAACGGCACGUACACGAUGUGUAUGAGAGCACCGCCCCCUACUUCAGUGACCUACAGAGCAAAGCUUGGCCACGAGUCCGCCAGUUCCUGCAGGACCAGAAACCAGGCAGCCUCAUUGCUGACAUUGGUUGUGGAACUGGAAAGUACCUUAAAGUGAAUAGCCAAGUCCAUACCCUGGGCUGUGACUACUGCGGGCCUCUGGUAGAGAUUGCCCGGAACAGAGGGGGUGAAGUCAUGAUAUGUGACAACCUUAAUCUCCCCUUUAGGGACCAGGGCUUCGAUGCCAUCAUCUCCAUAGGAGUCAUUCAUCAUUUUUCUACAAAACAAAGAAGAAUUAGAGCAAUAAAGGAAAUGGCCAGGGUCUUAGCUCCUGGAGGCCAACUGAUGAUUUACGUUUGGGCAAUGGAACAGAAGAACCGACACUUCGAGAAGCAGGAUGUGCUUGUUCCGUGGAACAGUGCACUCUGUUCCCGGCUACUCUCAGAAUCCCGUCAGUCCUGGGGGCAUCCGUGUGGGCAUCCCAUGAGCCAAGGCUACGAGGGUCCUGGCUCUGCGUGUGGCUGUGCAGUAUGUUUGAAGGGCAGGUGCGAUUCCAAGAGGUCCCAUAGCAUGGACUAUGGGCCUGCGGUGGCCAGAACUUGCUGUGAAGAUCUUCCGAAGGAUGGUGAGGAAGAGAAUGGAUUGUAUAACAAUUUUGGAAAAUCUCUCCGCUCCUGGUUUUUCUCCAGGUCUUUGGAUGAAUCAACCCUGAAGAAGCAAAUUGAAAGAACAGGACCUGUGAAAAUCACAGAGGGUUGGGCCAAUAGCACUGUGUCCCGUCAGCCUUCCAGACAGCCAAGUUUAGACUUCCAUCCCCAGGACCCAUUGUCAACCAAAGAACCAAACUUAGAUGAGGUGUUUGUAGACACAUGUUCUCAAAGACACUUGCGCUGGUUGGGACAAACAGGCACUUCGGAGACCUACAGUGGAGGAAGGAGGAAAGAGGGUGGCGAUUUUCUGAACAUCACUGACACCAGAGACAGUCAGACUGCAGGUAACAUCAGUGAUCCUUCUGCCAGAAAAUUAUUAAGGAGAGUUUCUGCAUUUGACUCAACAGAUUCCCAAUCAGAAGACCCAAGUUACACAGAGGAGCAGAAGGCAGCUCCGGAUUCCAGAGCCUUCAUGCGCUACUACCAUGUGUUCCGGGAAGGCGAGCUCUCCGGACUUCUGCAAGAGAGUGUGUCUGAGCUGCAGGUUCUGAGUGCUGGCAAUGACCAUGGCAACUGGUGUAUCAUCGCGGAGAAAAGGGGGAGCUAGGAUUGAUUGCAUCACACAGGGCAGGGGCUUCAGAGGUUGACCGUCAUCUGUCCACUGGGGCUGAUGUGGGCACCCAAAUCAGCAUCCUGUCUCAUUGUUUUCAAAUUCAGGUACGAGAUGGUCUUUCGGCACUUUGACCUGAUCCUCUGAAUCGUUGAGUAAGCACAGAACCUGGAGCUUACUGCAUCCACCACAGGAUAUGCCUGCUCAGACGUCAAUAAAAGGAUUGGAGGAAGCAAUAGAAAAUGCACUUCAGUACAGGCUUGAUUGUAUUUCUCCCGGAGAUGAAUAUAUUAUAAUACACGUAUGUCAGAUGUCAGUAUUACCUUUCGGUUUUUAAAUAGUCUGCUGUUAAAUAUACCUUUUAGAAGCAGUAUUUUUAUAUAGAUAAAUUAUAUUGGUUCUCAGGUGGUUCCUUAGAUCUGUGUAGACAGCAGCAAGGACCCCUGCUCAGCUGCUGGGUAUGUAUUCAUUGAGGCUUGCUGCAGGGGUACCUUGUUUCUAGGCUUUGCUUCUAUCUGCUGCAAGCUCUCAAGAGAAGCUGGUGUGGUGCAGAGAAACAGAAGUACUGCCCAGGCUCUCCAAAUCACGUGUACGCAUCCUUCACGAUGAUCACUGAAAACAAUACUGUCUUGGCUGUUGCUCCAAAGGCCUUUAAAGGCACUGUUGGCAGAGGGUGUGGCUUAGUGUUAGUGUAGGCAGCUAGCAUGCCCAACAAUCAGCAUGCAUGCAGAAGGAAAAGAAAAACAUUGCUAGCAUGCAGAGCAUUACAGGGGUGGGAGACAGCUAAAUUCUUUUGGCGGCAUUUCCCCAAAGGUAUUAAAUACCCCAAGGUAUUAAAAACAUAAACACCCUACUUAGCUAGUGCCAAAAAAGUCAAAGAGUUUUUGACUAGGAAAUGCUUGUCUGAGAUAUCUGAGAGUCUAAUUAGACUAGCUUUUCUGGGAAGAACUCUGAAAAGCAUUGUGUAUUUAGCUUUGGUGUACACAUGACUGGAAUUUGCUAUUGCAACCGGGCAUUUAUACUCUUGAAGGUGACCACAUUAGAUUUAUUGUAUCAAUGACCUAGACAGAAUCAAACUUAGAGGCUGAAUUUCUGGCACUCUAUAGAGCAAUGAUUAAGACCAGGCAUUGUAAAAUUGCUGUUUCUAUUUGGAUUUAGCCAAGGGUUUGUUUAGUUCUGUGUCAUGGAUCCCAGGGAACAAUUUUUAUGACAUAACUAGAGACUGAACUUGGGAGAAACAAAAAUAAGUUGGCCAAGGAAUGUGGUUCCAGAUCAUCCUUUAAUAGGCAGAAAAUCAAAUAGUCAUUGUACUUUCUGGACCAAUAUAACGAUGGAGAUUGAAUUAAAAUUCAAUCUUCAUUUUAUUAUUUUUCCACUCCAAAAUUAACAGAAAUUAUAAUAGAUCACAUUCAUUUGGUCUUUACCCUCUUCAGUGAUUUUUGCCAGAACUUAACAGAAUGAAGCUACUUUUGAGGAAAAUUCAAGGAUGAUUUUAGAACGGUUUUGGGAAAUCACCAAGGCUCUUCGCUAGAAAGACAGCUCACCUCACCCCCAUUGAGGAAGUUGUCCAUGCGAUUUGCACUUCUCAAUGCACAUUUUGUACAGGAAGCCAUGACGAUAGCCAUGGGGUGAAGAGGAAAUUAAAAUUUAAGGGAGUGGGCCUUUCACUUUUCAAAUUACAGCAUUAAACUGCAAGUACAGGUGGCCUCGUGGGAGAAAUGGCGACUCCGAGCUAGUAGCGGUGACCCCUCCAUUGUGGUUUCCUGCCUCUGAGAUCUGUUGUUACUUCUUUUGUUUGGCUUUGCUGCUAGACCUCUGAGCUUGUCAUCACCCCUCCCUGGCUGUAACUUGCUACUGUAAAGGUCAUUAUAUGGAGCCCAGUUCAUUAGGCUGUGACAGGAUGACUUGCCAGCUGAUGUGGCUAAGCAAGCUCAUAAAUUAAACAUACGCUCCCCUUUGUAAUAAAAGGCCUUCAGAAUAGUUAUUGGGAGAGAGAGAGAUUUUUUUCAUACAGCACUGACAGAGCCGUGAACACUAGUAAUAGCAACCAUGCGCUCAUUGUAGAGCACAAGACGUCUAUGAAUCCAGAUGUUACAGUGUAUAUUCGGCAAAACGAGUGGCCAGGUAACCAUUCUUCGGGGAAGUCCUGUCAGAAGCACUCUUUCAUUCAAUGUUUGCCUUUUGGUGAUUAAAAGCCAUUGAAAACUAAUGUAAAUAUCUUCAUCAUGCUAAAGCCCGCUCAUCUUUAUGGCUGUCCUCAGAGAGAAACUCAAGCCCUAAAUGAACAUCAAUGGAGGCAGUGUGAGUCCAUCAGCCUUUGCCAGCUUGUGUGUAGAUCUGCCUGAUGCGAUCUGAAAACCUCCACUGCUCAUAGACAAAAUGAUGGUUUUUUUACUAGUUUCUUCCUGUCAUCACCGCAUGUCUGUCUGACGUGGAAGGGCAAGGUCAGGGAAGUUGUUAGAGAAUCCUUAGAGGAAGGGAAGUUGUUAGAGAAUCCUUAGAGGAAGGACCAGCGGUGCCUCACUGGUUAGUGUGGACAACUUUGUGUAAACAAACAAUACUUGGAUAUAAACAAAAGAUACAAUCCACGUGAUAUUUUCCUGGCUGCCAAAUGAUUGGUUAGCUUCUCUGGGUUAUUAGGCUUCAGAGGGUUUUUGUUGUUGUUGUUGUUGUUGUGUUGCUUUGUUUUGUUUACUUAUUGGCAGAGUGAUGCGAUUUGACCACUGUGCUUCGGUGAGUACAGAGUAGCCGCACACAACACUGACUGUCCUACAGAUUUGAUCCUCCCCUCUUGCCUUCCAGCCCCAUACAGUCCCAUCACUCCUUCCCAUUCCUAGUUUCCCCUUCUCCUCUGUCCCGAUUCUAGAUACCAAAGACAACUCUUUGUUUAACUGACCUUCUUCUGAGUCGGUAAAAAUCGAAGGUGAUCCAGACAGGAAAUUAUCCGAAUGUAAAUCAGGCAUGUGAAUGUACUUAUGUGCUAUUCGCCACCGAACAAAUGAACAUGGGUGGGUCUUUCAAAUAUGUGAGCUGCAAGGAGGACAGAGAAUGAAACUCUGGUUGUUCUUGGCAGGGGAGAAAUGCCUUAAAAAUGAAGGGUGAGAGGCUGGAGGGGUGGCUUGGUGACUUGGAGUGCUUACUGUUCGGGCAGAAGACCUGAGAUUGUUUCCUGGUACCCAUUGGGCAGCUCAUAAAUGCCUCUCUUCAGAACUCCAAGGGCACCCACACUCACGUGUGCCCAGACCUAUACACAUGCAGACAAAUACACACAAACACAGAAAGACAGACAGACAGACAGAAUUAAAGCAUAAAAAUGAAUCUCUUUUUUAAAAAACGGGGCUACGAACACCCAAUUUGGGAGAGAAAAAAAAACAUGGAGUGGCUGUUGGCUCUACAGCUAGACAAUGAAGAACAAAUUAAGCCAAGCAUCCCUUUCCCUGGACAUAAAAAAAAGGGAAACAAUAAUAGCAGCUAAUUGUAGUAGCCAGUGUUUAAUAUUGUUUGCAGUCCUCUCCACAGCUCUCUCAGAUAAUUAUACUUAUGAUACCAUUUUAUAGAUAAAAUCUAAGGCAGAAAAAGCAAUUGUGCUAAAUCAUCAGAGUCUAUACACAGGCAGUAAGUAUCACACAUCUGGUUUAAGGCAGAGCUAAGUUUCAAUCCCGGAUGUUCUGGCUGCAGCCUGGGUUUCUAACCAAUGUUCUCUGCAUGCCCAGCCGAUGGAUCCCAGGCUCUGUACUAAGCAGGGAGCAGUGUUCAAGGUUAACUACGAUUGCCCCUGUACAAAGGCAUCAAGCAGGUUAAGAAAAGAUUAUGUGUCUCUCUCCCUUUUAACUUUUUAGAUGUAUUUAUUUGUGUUUGUGUGUCUAUGUAAUCCUGUACAUGUGUGUGGAUAUGAUGAAGCCAGAAGACAACUCGCCAAGAGUUGGUUCCUUCCUCCAAGAUCUUCCUGGUUGGUGGCAAGUAUCCAUACUCCCUGAGCCCUCUUGCCAGCUCUGUGUUUUCCUUCUUUCGCUUCCAAAUAUAUCUCAAUUUUACUUAAAAAGAAGUCCUUGAUCUCAGGGAUGUUCCGAUUGGUUCUCUACAACUCUCUAACCUUCUGAAAACGUCUAUCUCUUUUCCUGUUUUAUGAGCAAAGAGCGUGAGGACUCACCCAGGGAUUUCAUUUCCUCCCUUGUUGAGAGUCGCACAGUGCCCCGGAUACAAAUGGAAGACCGUGACACAUCUGGAAUCUUGAGUUGCACAUAGUAUUAGACUUAAUGGCCUGAAACUCAAGUGUUCUCCUGGAACACUUUUUGCAUUUGAUGUAUGCCCGUGAUCAUACUAUAUUUUUAGUUUAGUAAAACACAGUAUUCAGACCCCUGUUCUGGGGUGGGGGUGGAGGAAAGGAUCGCACAUGCCUAUUAAUCUAUCUUAAUUAAGAAUAUCUGUCUUAAACACUAAGACUUCAUUUGACUGAGGUCAUCAAAGGCCAUUGAACACCCUCUAACACAAUUGCUCUGUAAGUGUGAUUUCCGAAAAGCAUGUGUCCUGUGGGAUACGAUAUGAACUCAUUUGGAAGGCAUGCAGGCCCCUCAUAAGCCAACCCAUGCUAUUUUUCAGACUCAUUUCCUGAGAUUGCACCUGUUUUCUGUUCUGUAAUCUGCUAUUUUAAACAAUGGUUCCAUUAAACUUACAUAAUGACAAGUAAUUAUCCCACCCCUUGAAGGAAUCCAAUAUAGUCAGUCUUGAAAUGCUGUAGCUAUAUGCUUUACUCAAAGACAGAUGCACAAACAGACUCAUUCCAUCAAUGGGUACAGGAAGGCUUGCCCAUCUAGUAAAGGACAGCUUGUGGGAAUGUAGGGGAUCAGAGGCCCCACCUGGUUAUUCAAGUCCUCUGGUCCGUCUUGACUCAGACACCAGAACUUGUUUUGAUAUUAUGAACUCCAUCCUCAGACCCUCAGUUAAGUACAGGACUGGGGUAAGACCUAAAUAUAGCUUUCAUGAUAGCCAGGUAUGGUGGCACACACCUCGAAUUCCAGGACUCUGGAGUCAGAAGUAGGCAGAUCUCUGAGUUUGAGGCCAGCCUGGUGUAUACAAGUUCCAGGACAGCCAGGGCUACACACACACA